CUACCGGACGUUACGGAACUGCUUCGUCUAAGCUUGGUGCAACUAAAGCAGUUACGACUCGCGUCCUCGUCGGAAUUUUUCCUUUACUAAGAGAACGUUAAAAACCGUAUAAACGUCGUUAUUUACGGUAUGAGUGUGCGGUUCUUUCGAUCAAAACUGCAUAGUAUAAUUUAAUGAGACGAAAAGGAUUGAAACUUCGUAAAUUGAUGGUAAGUCGGGGGGCCGUCGAUAAGUUAGUGAACUGAUUUCUCGGGAGCAUGGAAUAGUCAUAGGUUAUGUGCGUCUAUGGAGAUAGUACUUCCCGGCGGAGUAGAGACCGCCACUUGUGCAAUGAUUCCACCCGCUUGAAAACUCUGUAGAUUAGCCAUCCUCGUCGUUUAGUUAUCGAUGUUUCACGUCGGUCAAGCUUUGGAGUACUUACAGCGACGUUGUAUUUAUGAUGUCAAUAUUUCCUGAAAAUUAAUCAUGAUUUGAGAGACGAGGUAGCAGGGGUACGAAAAUUAGAGCGUUCUGCUCCAGACACCCCAGGGUGGGGUCUGCUGUCAUCUAUAAACGCAGGAAACCAUAGAAUCGUCUGGUUAUGGCAGUUGGAUAGAGUAUAAGUACUACGAGGUGUUAUACGGAUCGUACACCGUGACCAUGGCACGUCCAAUUGUACCGAGCCAACAAAAGUUGGCGGAGAAGCUGACAAUUUUGAAUGACCGAGGGAUCGGUAUGUUAACUCGAAUUUACAACAUCAAAAAGGCUUGCGGAGAUGCCAAAUCGAAGCCUGCGUUUCUCUCGGACAAGACCUUAGAGUCUUCCAUUAAAUCGAUCGUACGAAAGUUCCCCAACAUAGACAUUAAGGGACUUCAAACGAUUACCAAUCUUCGGAACGAGAUCAUUAAAUCUUUGUCCUUGUACUAUUACACAUUUGUCGAUCUGUUAGACUUUAAAGACAACGUGUGCGAGCUAUUGACGACUAUGGAUGCUUGCGGCGUGCACAUGGAUAUCACGAUUAAUUUCGAUUUAACUAAAGGAUAUUUAGAUCUCGUCGUGACGUACGUAAGUUUAAUGAUAUUAUUAUCUCGUGUGGAAGAUCGCAAAGCCGUCCUUGGUCUUUUCAAUGCCGCUCACGAAAUGGUGCACAGUCAGUCCGAUCCGAGUUUCCCACGACUCGGUCAGAUGAUUAUGGAUUACGACGUACCUUUGAAAAAAUUAUCGGAGGAAUUCGUUCCUCACUCAAAGUUGUUGAAAAACGCUUUAACAUCUCUGUGGCCGAUUUAUCCUGGGAGGAACUUGUCCGCGGACACAUGGAGAGCGGAUCAAAAACUCAGCUUGGUCGGGAGUCCAGGGCAAAUAUUGAAAGCUGCCGCAACCGAUACCAUGUCCUGCGAAACGCUUAGUUUAGAUAGAAUCGAGAGAUGGGUUAUUUUAGGCUUCACUCUCUGUCAUACCUUUCUCGGUCAGGAACAACCGAAUAAGCUCUGGACAACGGCACUGGAAUCUGGGUGGGUCUUGGCUCUAUUCAGGGACGAGUUCAUUUACAUUCAUCAGUAUAUUCAAGGAUUCUUCGAAAGUAUGAAGGGAUACAGCAAGAGAGUGUCCGAAGUAAAAGAGUGCUAUAAUCAGGCAACGCAGAAAGCAGGAUACAGGCACAGAGAGCGACGAAAGUUUCUGAGAACCGCAUUGAAGGAACUGGGCUUGAUCUUGACGGACCAGCCAGGUCUUUUGGGUCCAAAAGCGUUACUGGUUCUUAUGGGACUUUCUCAUGCAAGAGACGAAGUUCUUUGGCUAUUGAGGCAUGGAGAAAAUCCUCCGAUCCAGGGUAAGGGCAAAGGGCGAGGAGCCGAAGAUCUCGUCGAUAGGCAAUUGCCAGAAUUAUUGUUCCACUGCGAAGAGCUAAGAGCUCUCGUUAGGAAAUAUUCCCAAGUUCUUCAGAGGUAUUACGUUCAAUUCCUAUCAGGAUUCGACGCCCCGGCUCUUCAUCAAAUGAUACAGAAUCUCCCCGUGUGUCCCGAAGACGAGGGUGCAAUAUUGAGUGACUUGUGUUCAACCGUUGCCGGUCUGACCGUCAAACAAGUGGAGGAAAACGAGCUGUUCGACUUCCGCGCCUUCAGGCUAGAUUGGUUCAGAUUGCAAGCCUACAUGUCGAUUAGUAAAUGUAACAUGAAUCUUGCCGAUAACAGAGAGCUCGCUUCGUUUAUGGACACGGUGGUUUUUCAUACCAAGAUGGUAGACAAUUUAGACGAAAUGCUCGUCGAGACGUCCGACUUGUCGAUCUUCUGUUUCUACAGCAAGAUUUUCGAGGAUCAAUUUCACAUGUGCUUGGAGUUCCCCGCGCAGAAUCGUUAUAUCGUAGCAUUCCCUCUGAUAUGUAGCCACUUUCAAAGCUGCACCCACGAGCUCUGUCCCGAAGAACGUCAUCACAUUCGAGAAAGGAGCCUCUCCGUGGUCAACAUGUUCCUCGACGAGAUGGCCAAAGAAGCGAAGAACAUCAUCACCACGAUCUGUGACGAACAGUGCAAUAUGAGCGACAAGCUCCUUCCGAAGCAUUGCGCUUUGUUAAUCUCGCAAGUAGUUAACCGGAAGAAGAAGGACAAGAACAAGAAGAACACGUACGAGAUCCACAAGCCUGGGAGCGAGAGCUCCAGGAAGACCAGGGAAGAACUGACCACGAUGGACAAACUCCACAUGGCCUUGACGGAGCUGUGCUACGCCAUCAACUAUUGUCCGACCAUCAACGUCUGGGAAUACACAUUCGCUCCCAGGGAGUACCUGCAUCAACAUCUAGAGACCAGAUUCGCCAGGGCCUUGGUAGGCAUGGUCAUGUACAAUGCGGAUACCAGCGAAAUAGCAAAGCCAUCGGAGCUCUUCGUCAGCGUCAGGGCGUACAUGAACGUCCUGCAAACCGUAGAAAAUUACGUUCACAUCGAUAUCACUCGGGUCUUCAACAACGCUUUGCUGCAGCAAACUCAAGCUCUCGACAGCCACGGAGACAAGACCAUCGCGGCGCUCUACACUCAGUGGUACUCCGAAGUCCUGCUGAGAAGAGUCAGCGCGGGCAAUAUCUGUUACUCGGGGAAUCAAAGAGCAUUCGUCAGCCUCUCCGUGGAGGGAGCUAUACCCUUCAAUGCCGAAGAGUUCUCCGACAUCAACGAGCUGAGAGCGCUGGCCGAGUUGAUCGGACCUUACGGAAUGAAGAUGCUCAACGAGACUUUGAUGUGGCACAUCGCCAGCCAGGUGCAGGAGCUGAAGAAGUUGGUCACCAGCAACAAGGACGUCCUGGUGGCUUUGAGGACGAACUUCGACAAGCCGGAAGUGAUGAAGGAACAAUUUAAAAGGCUCCAGCACGUGGACAACGUUCUCCAGAGAGUGACGAUCAUCGGAGUCAUCUUGAGCUUCCGACAACUGGCUCAGUCGGCUCUCGUGGACGUCCUCGAGGAGAGAAUACCCUUCCUUUUGAGCUCCAUUCUGGACUUCAGGCAUCACUUGCCUUCCGGUGAUCCGAUGAGAGUCGUCUCGGAGAUGACUUCCGCGGCUGGGCUGACCUGCAAGGUGGACCCAACUUUGACGGCAGCUCUGAAAAGCCAGAAGGCCGAAGUGGACGAAGACGAGCACUUGCUCGUCUGCUUGCUGAUGGUCUUCGUGGCCGUUUCUAUACCAAAAUUGGCUCGCAACGAGAAUUCGUUCUACCGAGCUUCGCUGGAAGGGCACUCCAACAAUAUUCACUGCAUGGCCACGGCCAUCAACAAUAUAUUCGGCGCACUGUUCACGAUCUGCGGGCAGAACGACAUCGAGGACAGAAUGAAAGAAUUCUUGGCAUUAGCCUCUUCCAGUUUGUUGAGACUGGGGCAAGAGGCCGACAAAGAGACCACCAAGAAUAGGGAGUCAGUGUACCUUCUGUUGGAUCAAAUCGUCCAAGAGUCUCCGUUCUUGACGAUGGACUUGCUCGAGAGCUGCUUCCCCUACGCGCUGAUUCGCAACGCGUAUCAUGACGUUUAUAAAUUGGAACACUCUCAGCCGUAAAACAAUUUUUCUUGCGUGUCAGGAUACUCGGUAGGAUGAAGCACUCAAGCUGUAAUGGAUCGAGUCCGUAAUUGAAGUGCUCUUGAGAGGUUUAUAUGCACCAGAGCCUUCUCGGUCAAAAAUCAAUUUCGAAAGACUGCGAAUUUGUACACUUGCAAUUAUACAUUUCUUGAUGUCGCUCUCGGGUGUACCGGAUCAAAAGCGAUCCCAACAAACACGACUUCUAAUGGUAAUAAUGGCGAGGUUGGCAGGUAAAUGUUUUAUACCGAAGUUGGUUGGAGCGGUACGCGGAGUAACUUUUGCCCGAAGUAUUUCUUGACUCUACGUGUAAUUUUUUUUACCGUUGUCAGUGGUGUUUGUCGCAAGUAGUUUAUGCCCCUUUGUCAGGGAUAUCUACCCGGGCGGACCGAUGCAUUGACACGGGACUAAUAUUUCAGAGAGUGCACGAGCCAAAGCGUUUAAUUCAAGAUUAGGUAGCACGUAUGCAAUAUAUCGUUCGGAUGUUAUUCCGAAGGGAUGGAAAAUGCGGGAGGAAGUUUACAAGAACAAUUCUAAUUUGUACUUCGUUGAAACGCGAGACGGUUGCGAUCCAUGAUUUUCGGACACCGCGUCUCGGAGGACAGUGUUUCAGUAGUAGCAGCCUGUUUUAUUUCAGUAUUCUAUUUAAAAGCGUGCUAAAGAGAAGUUUCAUUUAGUAGACCUUAACUGCACCCUCCGUAGAAGGUACGCGAUGUACAAAUGCGUGUAUUUCGUAUGAUAUUCACAGCGCAUGCUAACCAUUGAGAAACCCUCGUUUUAUCUCCACUUUUUAUUGUACAUUGUACCUAUUUUAUAAUAGUUUAUAAAAGAAAUAAAGAAAUUUCCAGAAAAAAAAAAAGGAAGGGGGAACGAAAGGCGUCAAAGGGCUUCUCUCAACGUAAAUGUAAAAUGUAUGCUUUAUUUAGUUCUUUACAAUGUCCUUUUCUUUAAUCACAUUAACGUAACACAGGAAUUAUUCACAAUCAUAUUCUGUUAUUUAUAAUAUUCCUUAAAACACGCCACGUCCUUUUGGACAUUUUUUUUUGGAGGAAAAAGAGAGAAAGUAGUUAUCUUAAGCUACGGUCAGGCAAUUGGUCAGUAUCAUGCUUGGUUAAACUUGAAAUCAUGAAUCAACGUCGCAGGCGGACGUAUCGUUAAGGGUUCAUUUAAACGACAGGUUGGGGUCCGAGAUAAGCAAAGGCCACUUGGUGGUUCGUGAUAACCAAGCAACUUUCUGCGGAAAGAAAUGGUAAUUCGCCUUUGCGAAUUUAAUCGGUAUAUACGUAGUACGCGGGUGGUAUGAUUAGCUGAGAGAGAGAGAGAGAGAGAAAUAAAGUCAAUGAAAUCCAGAUGCACGACGUUGAUAAGUCACCUCGUUCUUUUGGAUCGAUAGAAAAAAUAUAAUUCUUAAUUUUUUUUCUUUUCCUCUUCUUUUCUAACAUUAUGUACAAGUGAUAGAGUAUAUAGUGCACCGCGUUACUACGAGAAACGGAAACGAAGCCUAAGCGCGUAAGGAUAGUAGAAGCCUGGCAGCAAAUCAUGAGGGAAACUUCGUCUUUACAAGUCACGCACGCAAGCGAUUUAUUCGACUAAUUAACGAGAGUUUGGCCCCAUUCUAGUCGGGGUAGAUAAUUUUUACUGGAUCCUCUAAGUCCUUUCGGGACGGACGGUUGAUCGAAGCGAUCUUUUUUUCGACGCCCACCUCGAGGUGUUAAGGGUCUGAAAAUCACUCGUUAACUCGACUUCCUGAGGAAACAAAAAAACUACCACGGCUAUUCGAAUCGAGUGGCAGUGAGUUGGAAGCGAUGAUAAUAUGUGCUGAUAUUAUUCGUACAUAAGGAUAUAUUCGAUUCGAAAGCAGAUUAUUGACUUAUUGACAACAAUGUAUUGAUCGAACACAGUGGCAGUGAAAGAUGGUUGACAUGCGUGAUCUAUAUCCUGAAUAGUAAUGGUUAGAUACAAUUGAGACUUAGUUAAUAGUGUUAAAAAAAAAAAAAUAAUAAAAAUAAAAAAGGAACGAGCGUCUCAAGAAGAUCGCUUCGUUACGUCGAUUCAGUUAAGGUGUAAACGAAAAAGGAAAAGAAAGGUCGUGUAACUAUAAAUGGGGCCAAGCGCUCUCUUGUUCUAAUACAAGAACUUGAAAAUUCACGCAGCGCAGUUCGUAAAUACUAUCCUCAUUGAAAUACCUGUUCCGAUAAAACUCCCCUUAGCUGUGGAUUUUUAAAAUCACGGUGGCAUUUGCGCGCUUUUUAACAUACACGCCGAAUUUACCGAUUCCGUCCCGAGAUACAAAAUACAGAAUAAUAUUUCCCUAUAAUACAGAUCUGAUAUAAAAACAAGUAUUUUUUAUUCGCUUUACCAUUUGUUUCAGUUUAUAAUUAUAUCGUUCAUGUAUAGUAUUAAUAUAUUUACACAGGUGCUUUCUUUCUUCC